GACCAUUCCAUUGGUCCUAAAGUAAUACCUCCACCCACCAUGGGCACCGGGCUAUGCUAAAUGAAUUCUCCCAUUGUUGACUGACGUCAGGGAAGCGCGGUUCCUUAGCUUUGGCGCGUUUACAUCAAAAUCAAAAGAUCUCUGCUUAAGGGAAGUAGCUGCUAGCCCUACGUUCCUCGCUGUAAGUAUAGAAGAAAAUGUCUUUUCGCCAAAAAUCCAGACUCACGGAUGCUGAAUAUAACGGUGAUGAAAAUAGGUGAGUUGUCAUGAGUUUGUAAGUGUAAUUUAGCAACAAAAAUCUAUUUAAAAUCUAUUUUGCUAGUUCGCUUUCUCGCGCCAGCCUCCCGCGAAAUCAGGAUUCGGUGCUGGGCUGGUUAGCUAGCUGGUUAACUGUUUCUAGUUAAUGUAAGCUAGCUACCGUGUUAUAAAUAUAUGAGCAUUUCUUGCAUUGCUGACUGUGAUACAUGUUUAAGACUGGUUUUGCUACGCACAGUAGUGUUUGCUAGACAUCUAACCUAUAUUUUGAACAGGUGUUAGCUAGCUAAGUUUACUGCUGGAUUGCUAACAAGCUAACGUUAGCUUGCUAACUUGACUUAAAUGGUUACAGUAGCUAACGUUAAAUAGAAAAUGCAAACCAUUUGUGUAUCUAACUAGCUAGCCAACUGUAUAACAACUGAUUUCCCUCAAAAUGUAGUUAGCUAACGUUGGCUAAUGUAACUGUGGUUUGAAUACAACAGCUAACUAGCUACGAACGUUAGCUUGCUAGUUUAGCUUGCUAUAUUACUUUAGUUGACUAGCAUAACAUUUCGCGCUCAUGCCAUGGUAUGGCGCCGAAGCACCUAUUGUACUGUGCUUGAAAGAUCUUUAUAAAUAGGCAACUAGUGUACCUACUAGUGUCUCCACGGAGUUUGUAGUGAUUUACAAGAAUCAACUACAACAAAGGGAACAUAAUGCAUUUUUAGGUGUCUGUUUUAAUGUGAAGUUAUUCUGAAAUUAUGUUAUUGAUAAUGGCAUGAUCUUUCAGUCUUGUUGAUCCAUAUAUCACUGUUUCUAGGAAUAGGGGCCCUUCAAGGUGGUCCAACUGCCGGAAACGGGGCGCUGAUGGCAGUAUGAGAUCAAAUGGGGACUUGGACUCGACUGGUACCAGUGAUCUGAAGAAGAGUAACGUUAACCACAGACCUGUUAGGUAAGAUACGAUUCAGACUGCUGAGUUGGGAGGUAUCAAACCAAUAUUGUAGGUUGAUUUAAUGUUGAGUCCUUACUUGCGUCCCAAAUGGCACCCAAUUCCCUACAUAGUGCACUACUUUUGACCAGAGCCCUAUGGUUUCUUUAUAGUGCACUUUAUAGGGCCAAGGGUGCCAUUUGGGAUGCGAACCUUGACAGCCAUAAAUGAAGUGGGCUGUCCUGUGAAACAUGAUUGAGCUGUAAAUGAGGGAAGCUUUUGAGAACAAUAGCUAGGUUGGCAGAUGGUUGCUAAAUGCAAAUGUACCCCAUGUAUGUCACCCCGAAUAAUGCUUUUAAAAACAAGCCAUCAAAAUUGCUUAGAAGUGGUGUGGUUUAAUGUGUAUUUUUCACACCACAUCAGCCAUUUCCAAGAGAGGAGACUCAUAAUAACCAUAUAUUCAUUUCUCUUUCAGUUUUACCACUCCUGAAAGUGAAGGUCCAGUUCCCAGAUGCGCGGACUGGGGGAGUGAAGUGGAGACUGACGAAAGGCGCUCAAGCGUCCGUCGUGAUAUGCAACGGUCAGCUGUCACUGCAGAGUUUCCCCUUUUGUAUAAAUGUGCUUGUAAAAGCGUUCAAUUGCUUAUGGUAUUGUUUCUUUUAGUUACAGGAGGAGGAUACUUACAGCAGAUUUUGGUCCAAGGGAACGAAAGAACUCUUCUGGAAGGUAUGUUUGAAAAUGGAUGUCUCAUACUGUAUUUUGCAUGAGAGCCUGGUCCCAGAUCUGGUUGUGCUCUUGCCAACUCCAUUGCUCAUUGUUAAGCCAAACAGACAAUGUGCAUGACAAAGUGACAAGGAGUUGGCAUGAUGGCACAAACUGACUGGCACUCAUACUACAUCCAUUCAUUGAAUUUCAUUAAUUAAUCUGUUUCCUAUCUCUUCAGCUCAGAGUCCAGAGACUCUCCUGUCCCUGGUGAGGUCAUGGAGGAGGAUGAGGAAGUCCUGAUGAGGAGGCAGAAACAGAUCACCUACGGGAAGAACACACUCGCCUACGACAGAUACAUCAAGGAAGUACCCAAGUGAGUAAAAUAGUGUUGGUUUUCAUAUUUUUUAAUGUAUGUUAGGCUACUUACAAGCUACCACCCCAAUAGAUCAACGUUAAUAUUAACCAAUUUGUUGUCCAUUGUUUUGCCAGGCACUUGAGGCAGCCAGGAGUUCAUCCUAAGACUCCAAACAAGUUUAAGAAGUACAGCCGGCGCUCAUGGGACCAGCAGAUUAAGCUGUGGAAGGUGAAGAUUCACGCGUGGGAUCCCCCAGCCCUGGAAGGCAGUGAGCUGCAGGCUAUGUAAGCCCCUCAAAUAUCCUGGCUUUUAAAACAAUCAACAAAUAUAUAUAUGCAAUCUUUUAUGCUAUAUCACUUUUACACUCCCUUUUGAUAUAGUCCUUCAAUUGUAAGCAGAAGUUGUUCUCCUGAAAUUGGAUUUGGGAAAUAUGUUAAACUCAUCCUGUUGAAGAAAUGUAUCUAGCUAGUCUCAGGGUAUAUCCUUCAUGAGAGAACCCCUUUGUGCCAGAUGGCUUACUCAAACCAAGUUUGUAAUGCAGUUGUUCUUUGUUUCAUGUAUCAUUUAGAGAGGAGGUUGACUUGGAUGAUGUCAUGGAUAUUGAGCUGGACUUCCCUGAACUGGAUUCAGACUCGAGCGCACAGCCUCUUAAAGUCAGCAAGGCCUCUUCGUCUCAACCGGUACGUUCUUUAACCAGUCUUGGCAUGUUUGAAGGCAACUAUUGGUCUGUGUUCAAAAGCAUUUUUAUAAAGCACAGUUGGACACUUACCAAACACAAUUGGAGUUACUUUGUGCCUCAUUUUGUCAGUAUAAAACUAAUCUUGAUUUUUCUUGAUGUUCUAGGACUCUAGCCAAGGAACUCCCAGCAAGAUGAUGAAAAUAGAUGCAUCAGUUGACCUUGACAUGGCCUAACAGUUGUGCAUUGAUAGACAAUCCAUGGCUAUCACCCUAGCAGGGGGAAAAAAUGAUUGAAUGCUUAAAAUUCCAAGAUAAACUCAUGAUAGAUUGAAUUCAAGACAGUGACCUGAAUUGUAUAUAGUUAACGUUUUCUUAAGUUGUGCUGUGGAUGCUUGCAUUUUAUAAUUGUUAAUGACUUAUAUGUUAAGAAAACAAAUGUGUUGGGAGUGUGUAAAUUUGACUGCGUUUAGACAGGCAGCCCAAAUCAGAUCUUUUUUUCACUAUCAGAUCUGAAAAAGAUCUGAUGUGGUUGGUCAAAAGACCAAUUAGUAGAAGAAAGAUCAG